AUGUCAGAGGCAUUACUUUUAGUUGGCAUCAAAGCAGAUGAUACACCUGAAAUCACAGAAAUUGUGACAGUUCAGCUUGACAGCAUAGAGCCCUCUGACACCCAGCGACUGAGACCUGGCUCAACAUCUGUGACCAUCACUAUUAAUGCUAAUGACAAUCCAGGCGGAACACUGCAGUUUUCUCCAAAGAUGAACCUCUCCUAUGUUGUUACAGAAGAUGGUGAUCCUAUUGAGGUGAUUGUGGAGCGUACAGGUGGUGCUUUGAUGAUGACUGAAGUUCAGUAUUCCAUUAUACCCAAUGGUACUAACCAGUUUUAUGGAGCUACAAACAUCCUUGCCUUUCCUCCAGGGAAAAGAGAAGUUUCAUCCCAAAUUCUGGCCAAAAAAGACGGCAUUCCAGAGCUUACAGAAAAGUAUACUCUUAUCCUGACACCAGUGGGAAGUCCACCUUCAGUUCUUGGCAGCCGCACUUCAAUUGACAUCACUAUCUUGAGUAGUGACAGCCCAAAUGGCAUUAUUCAAUUUAGUUCUAAUCCAACAACCAUAUUAACAGUUGAGGGUCAGCUGGGUGAAGAAAUCAACUUGACCAUCCCAGUUAGCCGAAUUAAUGGCACUUACGGCACGAUUACAGUCCCUUGGGCAAUCUCACCAUCCCCGCAAGAUGACCUGACUCCUUCCUCUGGAGUUCUGGUGUUUCAACCUGGGCAGAGUACACAGACAGUUUUGCUAAUAGUGAAAAAUGACAACAUACCAGAGGGGAAUGAAACUUAUGCACUGCAGUUAUCAACACCCCAGGGAGGUGCUUUGCCAGGCAUUCCAAUGGUAGCAACCAUUGUUAUACAAGAGAAUGAUAACCCGGUGGAGUUUGUUGAUCCGGUUCAGUACGUUUAUGAGCCACAGACGGUCAACCUUAUCAUCAGAAGGCAAGGUAGACUGGAUAAAUCAGGCAGAGUCCACUACAGAACACUGGAUGGUUCAGCUUCCUAUCUAGAAGGAGACUACACUCAGAUCCAACCACAAGAACUGACAUUUAACAUUGGACAGCAGGACAAAGCAAUAACAGUUGUUGUGCUGGAUGAUGACAUUCCUGAAGGAAAUGAGACAUUUUCAGUACAGUUGUUUGAUGUUGGAGGUGACCUCAUCACCACGAAUAAAUCUACUGCCACCAUAGUCAUUCUUUCUAAUGAUCAAGCUUAUGGGGUUUUCAGUUUUGAUCAGCCUGCAAAUAUUCAAGUAGAGGAAGGAAGCACUGCAUUUUAUACUGUGAUACGAAACCGUGGUAGUUUUGGAUCAGUACGUUUGUACUGGGAGCUGAGAUCUCAGAACAACAUUGCAUUGAUACCUGGGGAUGACUUUCAGACAACAAGUGGUCAGCUGGACUUUGCUCCCCAAGAGAACACCAAGCAGCUGGGAGUUAGUCCACUAGCUGACAAUGUGCCAGAAACCACAGAACAGUUUUUGUUGGUGUUAACUCGGGUUGAUGCUCUAGAUGGCAGAACUGAUGGAAACUUAGCAUCACUUGCUACAAGUGGUACAAUAGCCACGGUAAGAGUGACUUCAAGUGAUGAUCCCUAUGGGCGUUUGGCCUUUGCAAAGGAUUCUCAGGAUUUAAGCAUUGCUGAGGACUUUUACCCAGGCUAUGAAAGUAGCACACAGGCUGUAUUUACUGUAGAACGAAGACAGGGUACACAGAAUGAAAUCAAGGUCUUGUGGGAGAUUUUUUCAGACCAACUGGCUGGAAUUCUUCCAGCAAUUCAUGACAUGCUGUUCACUGGCCGUUGGCCAAGUGCUAUGUCACAGGCACAGUCAAAGCAGAGAGCAGGAACAUCUACUCCUGUUGCACAGUUUUCAGGGUCUGCAGGUCAAUAUAUAGUGGUACCUAUAGAGGCCUGGCCUGCUUUAAAACUGGUCCCUGAUGGCUUCUCAUUGUCUGCAUGGUUGCAGCCUUUGGCAAGUACAGAUGGGUAUAUUUUAGCCUAUGCUACUGAGAAUGGCAACACAGACUAUCUAAGUCUCAGGGUAACUGUAACAGAGACAAAAACUACUUUGGGUCUUCAAGUGUCUACAGAGAUGCAGUCUAAUCAGCAGGUGAUUGUAGAAACCAGCAUUCUGAUUAGAGAUGGAAACUGGCAUCAUGUUUUUGUGGCUGUGGGAAGUGCAUCAGCCAGUUUUUACAUGGAUGGACAAUUAGCAGGUUCACGGUCUGUCAUUGGCACAACAGUUUUGAAUGGUUCUGGACUGGUGUUUGUUGGAGCUCAGCCUCCAGGAUCCAGUUUGUACACUGGCUAUAUGCAAGAUGUUCGACUGUUUAUGAAAGCUAUGGAUGUUAAUGCAGUGAAUGAGCUCUAUCAGUCUUCCCCGUACAAAGACCUCACAUUAAUAUCUGGAAUCUUAUCCUACCCUUCUGGAGUUAAAAAUCAAAGUUUUACAGUUGCAUCUCGUCAAGACAUAGAAGAAGAAGGAAAAGAAGUCUUUGCUGUAAUCUUGCUGGAUACCACAGGGGGUGCUUCUCUUGCAGUUCCAGAUUCACGCACAACACUAACAGUUCUGAAAAGUGACAAUGCUAAUGGACUGUUUGGCUUUUCUGGGCCAUGUGAACCACCACGAGUCCUAAAUGAGAAUGGAACGGUAAUCUGCCCAGUACAGCGUACACGAGGAGAUGAUGGCACUGUCAGUGUGUUCUGGGUGGUUAAUGAAAUACAGGGGCAGACGUUUCAGCAAGCUGCAGCUGAUUUUGAUCAAAGCAAUGGAACAGUUGUCUUCUUGCCUGGAGAAAGACAAAAGACUAUAGAGCUUCAUGUAACAGAUGAGACAGUACCAGAGCUUGAUGAGCUGUUCAGUGUUCAGCUAACAUCUGUCGCUUCAGAUGAUGGCUUGGUUGGCUCCACCAAUACUAGCGGUGCAAGUAUUGACAGCUCACGAGCAAGUUCCCAAGUAGUUAUUCAAGAAAAUGACUACCCUUAUGGCCUUUUGCAGUUUUCAAAUAAGCCUAAUGAAAUCCCUCCAGUCAAUGUAAGAAUACAGCCAACAUCCAGUGAGGCAGAAGUUCAAGUGAGUGAAGAGGGAGGACUUGUGCCCCUUGUUGUUCAGAGAACUCAGGGAUUGCUAGGAACAGUGCGAGCAGAAUGGAGAACCAAGGAUCUCACAGCAUUUAGUGAGGGCAAGUCUCCACCAGAUUAUGUGGGCGGAGUAGGCAGCAUCACAAUGGGACCUGGUGUCAACUACGCCUUUAUCAAUAUCACAGUCAAGGACAACAGUUUACCAGAAGCAGAAAAGAAAUUUCAGGUGGAACUUAUAAACCCUUCUGGUGGGGCAGCUUUGGGCCCAGCUUCCAAGGUUAAUGUGACAAUCCAAGCAUCAGAUGGAGCAUUUGGUGUUUUCCAGUUUGCUGAUACCUCUCUGAGUAUUCGGGGAACAGAGGAUGGUGAUGAGGGAUAUAACAUUGUCAGUUUGCAGGUUAUGAGACUUGCAGGCUCCAUCGGUGCAGCAAGUGUUUCCUGGAAAGUUCAGGAGGAUCAAGAUGACGGGCUAGACAUUAUCAAUCAAUCAGGGGUUCUGACGUUUCAGCCUGGAGAAACUAAUCGUCCAAUUGACCUGCAAGUGAGAGGAGAUACGGUUCCAGAGCUGGAUGAAACUGUUGUAGUAAAAUUGCUAGUAGCAACAGGGGGACAACUUGGGGAUUCCUUGAAGACAUCUGCCACAGUUAUUAUAGCUGCUAAUGAUGACCCUUAUGGAAAAUUCAUAAUAACCUCAGCUUUUAGACCUGCAAUUGAAACAGAAGCUAACAAAGACAUUAGUGUCAUUGUCCAACGACUUGGAGGUAAAUAUGGAUCUGUUAUGGUAGACUUUGCCUCAUUAGACCCAGGUGAAGCAUACGUGUUCCUGCCUGGGCCUGUGACUAGAGCAGACACCAGUGAUUUUCAACCGGCACGAGGCACUCUUAGUUUUGGUCCUAAUCAAGAGUUUGCCGACUUUAAAGUCCACAUUGUAGAUGAUCAGCUUCCAGAGCAGGAUGAAAGCAUUUUUGUUCGACUAAAUUCUGUAAGACUGGUUCAAGCUGCACAGCUAGCUCCUGUUCAGUCAUCACCUCGUUUAGGACUGGAUUCAGAAACCUAUGGACAGAUCAUCAUUUUAAGUAAUGAUGAUGCUAGUGGCCGUCUUCUGUUGUUGCCUUCACUCAUAUCAGUUGAGGAAACAAAUCUUACACCUGCAGUCAAUGUUGUUAGAACAGGAGGAUCUCUUGGUGAGGUGUCUGUAUCAUUCCAAGUUAUUGAUGGCACAGCCAUGCAAAAUGUGGACUAUAUCAUUCUGAGUACGGUUGUCAGUCUGUCACCUGGAGAGACAAGCAAACGAGUGCCUUUUGAGAUUGUUGAUGAUCGUGUGCCAGAAAUGUCUGAAACAUUCACCAUUCAGCUCUUGAAUAAGAUCUCAGGAGGUGCAGUCCUUGGUGAUCAGAUAUCUACAAUUGUUACAAUUCUACCUUCUGAUGAUCCUAAUGGAGUUUUUGAGUUUGUCUCAAAAGGCCAGACUGUUGAAGAGGGCACACAGCCAUACACAGUAGAUGUGACAGUCUCUAGAACAGGAGGACUCAUGGAUGUAGUAACUGUUGCUUGGACUGCUAAUUCCAAUGGUGGACCAGUGUUAGAUGACAUCUCUCCAGGAUCAGGUUCUUUAUACUUUGUUAGCAAUGAAGCCAGCUUGAAAAUCACACUCACCAUACUCCCAGACAACAUUCCAGAGGGCUCUGAGGAUUUUGUUAUAACUCUACUGAGUGCCACAAAUGGUGGACGAAUAGGAGAGAAGAAUACUUAUAUUCUCACUAUAGUACCUAAUGACAGUCCGCAUGGGACAGUGGAGCUUUCAUCACAUUCUUAUUUUAUUCCUGAAGAUCCUGGUGAAGGGCCACAGGUAGUUCAGAUUAUCAGGAGAGGUGGUACUUAUGGAAUUCUUCGUGUCUACUAUUCCACACUACAAAUGUCAGUGUUGGAGUUGAUCAGCACAGGUGGCCUGAAACCACUGGACAUCUAUGCAACACCAUUAGCUGGUGCACCUACUGAAUCUGGAUCGCAAGUGGAUGUUUCCCAGUCUUCUAUGUGCUAUAGCUUCUCUCUUCAGCAGAUUGAUGUAUAUACCGUGUGUACUUGGUAUACUAAGACAUUUAGUCCUGCCACUCUACGAACAGCUGCUAAAGGAAACUAUUAUGAAAUAGAUCAAACAAAGUUAUCAAACCUGAUGACUACCCAAGCCAGAGGUGGAGAAGACUUUGCUGUAGUCUCAGGACAGUUCAUUUUGUUUGGUGAUGGCCAAACAACCACAGUGAUUCCUAUUCCUGUGAUCGAUGACAAUAUACCUGAACUGGAUGAGAAGUUCUACAUCAGACUGACAGCUAUUGCAGUAGAUGAUGGUAACCGUAGUACCUCGGAUACUCCUAUGUUAGGACAACUGCGGCAAAGCAUAAUCACUAUCAGAAGCAGUGACAGUGCCUUUGGAAUGUUCCGUCUGUACAGUGCAUCAGCCGGUCCUAACGCUCGAGUGUUUGAAGUUAAUGAGAUCAACAGGCUUUCCGUGGACUUGGUUGUGGAGAGAUCUGGUGGGAGCAUGGGUGCUGUGUCAGUAGAGUGGAUUGUGAGUUUUGUAAACAGGACAGCCACGUACAAUCAAGACUAUAUAGCAGAUGGAGCCACAUUGCAGUUUAACCCAGGUCAAAUCACACGUGUGUUUGCUGUGACCAUAUUAGAUGACUCUAUACCAGAAGACAGUGAGGAAUUUACAGUUCAGCUAGCAAACCCAACUGGAGGUUCUACACUGAGCACCUUGAGUUCCAUAAGAAUUAUAAUCCUGGCUAAUGACAAUGCUGCUGGUGUUUUAUCCUUUGAGAAAUCAUCAUUGCUAGUGAAUGAAG